UGAUAUAUACAACACUAUAAAACAAUCACCGUUCGUCUUUCAUAACUUUUAUUAAUUUCCUAAAAUGUUUUUUGAAAUGAUUUAAUUUUUUGCAGCUUUUAUUUCUACAUAUUUCACUCGUGCAUUUCUAUUUUAACUAUCAAAUUUCGUAUUUCAUUUUUAAACCAUUUUAAAUUUGGUUACAUUUGAUCUUUUUAGUGAGCAUUUCAAUUGAGUUCUUUUUAUUUCUCUUUUUUUGUGCCUUUCCAUUUCAUCACGUGUGCAUAUUUUAAUUUUUAAAAUGAAUGAUUAAGUUGGUAAUUUAAGUCAUUAUUAGCUCCCGUUCUGAGAAACCCUGAUCUGAAACAUCUCACAUAUAAAAUAUGAAAAAUCAGUUCGACUGAACUCUAAUCUAACUGCAACGUCUCUAAAUAUCUCUCUGAAUGCGUGGCUGCUCCUCAGCGAUCUUCCUCUGGACCAAAGCUGAAAGUUACUGUACUUUAUAACGCAAACGAUAAUCGUGAGAAUGUGCUGCUGAUCUGAAGUGUCUUACAGCAAUUCUACUGCCAUGAAACCAGCUUUAAUUCUCGAACGAGACGCAAACAUUGAACUCUUGAUCGGUGAAGAGAAUGAUCAGAUAUUAAAAGCACAUCAGUGGAGACGGACUCCAGCACACUGUGGUGUUUAUACUUCUUCCUCUAAGAAUUAAUCAUUCAGAUUCAAUCUCAUGCGUUUCAUCUUUUAAUUCUAAAAAAAAGACGUGUUUCUGUGGGUUUGCUGCUCUGAUCGGUUAUUAAUAUCAGCUCGAUGGUGAACACUGACGAAGAGUCUGUGUAGAAGUGAAUAAAGUGAAAAUAAAAUCAACGUUGAGACGAUUAUGUGAGAGAUUCAGGCCAAUAUUACCUCAUUUAAAAACAUGGUGCAUUUUCAUGUGUGCAAAAUAAACAAUGAGUAAAAAAAAAAAGAGUUUGGUCAUUAUUAACAAGUCAAAAAAAAACUGUGCUUUAUAUAAUAAUAAUUAUUAUUUAUUUUUUUGUCAUUUUUGCAUGUGAUAAAUAAAGCAGACAUGCACUGGAAAGUGCUUAGUAUUUAUUUUUGAUGUUUUGUAAAAACUGAUUUUUAAAUGAUUGAUUGCAACAUUUUUGAUUAAACGUGUUUGCAUGCAUGAAUAAAUAAAACGAUUUUUGUGUUUUUUUCGCAAUUAAAUAAUAAACGGGCCCGUAAAAGCUAUAACAUCAUUUCGAAACUUUAAUAAAAGAUGAGGUUUGAAUAGAGUUGAGAAAGCUUUAGUUGCAAACAAAUAAAUAGACUAAAAAAGACAUGACUGUGUUUGCAUUUGAGGCGUGCGAUAAUCUCUAAGGCCUAGAUUGCUUAGUUUAGUUAUUGUAUGUUUGCACUGAUCUAUCGUGAUCAUCAUAUGAUAAAAGAAGGUCAAAGUGCAGGUUUCGUGUGAAUCUGACCUGAAGAAGCUCCUCCCUCUCUCUUUGCUCCUCCCUCUCUCUCGGUGAUCGCGAGGAGCUCGUUUCAUGGUUCUGUGAUUCUUCAUCUCGUCUCUGGAUGUUCCACUAUAUAAAGAAAGACGGGAUCUGAUAUCAGCUUUGAUUUAUAUCCAAGCAUUCCAGAUUUGGAGAUCCACAUCUCCUCCUGCAUUCAGAGUCCAAGCCGCACAAUGGCAGAUUCUCCCGAGGACCAAAACCCGUUCGCCUGUCCCAUCUGUCUUCAUCUCCUGAAGAUCCCGGUCACUACAGCUUGCGGCCACAGCUUUUGCAUGGGCUGCCUGAAGGAGUGCUGGGACCGGGACGAGGACAAGGGCGUCUUCAGCUGUCCCCAGUGCAGGCGGACCUUCAGCCCGCGGCCGGCCCUCAGCAGGAGCACCGUGCUGGCUGAAGUCCUGGAGAGAGAAGAACCCGAAGAACCCGAAGGGGAACCGUCUCCCGCCGAGCCCGGGGACGUGGCGUGCGACGUCUGCACACGGGGCAGGAGAAGAGCAGUCAAGUCCUGCGUGACGUGUUUGGCUUCCUACUGCGAGACUCACAUGGAGUCUCACUACGGAUCUCCUGCUCUGAAAUGGCACAAAGUGGUCGACGCCUCGCCGCGUUUACUGGACCAGACGUGCCCUCAGCACCGCAAACCUCUGGAGCUGUACUGUUCUCAGGACGGGCGGCUGAUAUGCGUGCAGUGCGCCCUGAUCGAACACCAGAACCACCGCAUGACGUCCCCCGCGCUGAAACGAGAGGAAAUCCAGAAACAAAUGGCAUCAAACCAGAAGGACUUGGAUGAAGAAAUGAAGAAGCGAGCGGAGAAGGUGAAGGAGUUUCGAAGAGCCGUGGGCCGUUUUAAGGCAGGAGUGGAGAACAGCGAGAAGAUCUUCACUGAGCUGAUCAGCUCCAUGGAGAAGAGACGAGCUGAGCUAACGGAGGCCAUCAGAGCUCAGGAGAAAGCGGAAGCAAGCAAAGUUGAAGAGCUCAUACUUACACUGAAGCAGGAGAUCAGCGACCUGAGGAAGAGGAGUGAUGUCCUGGGGAGCCUUUCGCAGAAUAAGGACGACAUCUAUGUCAUUCAGAAUUUCUCCGCUUUUUCCCGAGGCGCAUAUUUGGACUUGAAGAACUUACCCGUCAACACAGACGAGACGCUGAAGAGCAUUGAGACUGCCGUCGUUGAGCUGAAGAGCCAGCUGGAUGAUCUCUCCGAUCGAGGCCUGGUGAGGAUAAAAGAGAAAGCGCCCACUUUCCACAUCAUGGUGAACAACGAGAAGACCGCAAAGUAUCUGCCGUCUAAACCCGUGACCAGAGACGAGUUCCUCGCAUAUUCCACCAAACUAACCCUGAACACAUCUUCGGCCUGCAGCCAGCUCCACGUGAACCAGAAAUCUGCGUCAAGGAAGGAUGUUCAACCAGAUCCUGAAGACAUGUUCUACAGGGCUGACCCAUACUUCCCAAAUAAGACAAACUUAUUAAAUAAAAAAACCUACUUAAAUAAAAAGACGUAUCAGGUGCUGUGUAAUGAGAGUUUAUCCCAACGCUGUUAUUUUGAGCUCACGUGGACCGGAGAAGGCUGCUCUAUUGCGUUCUCGUAUGAAACCAUCAGCAAGGGAGGAAACCUUUUCAUCUUCGGCUCUAACGACAGAUCCUGGAAAUGUGACUUCUCAACCGCUUACAUUGGUAUACGGCACCGUAACCAAGACACUAAUAUUCCCAUCGUCUCUAGAAUCGGGGUGUUUGUCGACCAAGAAGCAGGAGCGGUGUCUUUCUACAACGUCUCUGAUAAAAUGACCCUCCUGCACAGAGUCCCGAUCAGCUUCACCGAGCCCCUCUACCCCGGCUUUUCUUUCGAGAAGUGGAAAAAUAACACAUCGGUUUCAAUUUGUGAUCUUCAGUGAAACGGAUGAAGACUUAUUUGUUAUCCAGCGGUGAUUUCGAAGGUUGCUGAAUGGAUGCUAAUCCCUCGAACUCCUCAGCGUUUCGAUUUAAUGGGUUAUUUAAAAAUGAUCAUUUAUAAUGCUUUCAUUAGUUUGCAUGUUUUAGUCGACUUUAGUCGAGUAAUGUUAGGAUAAAGCUAACUAGCUGUAUACAUUUGAUUUGAGUUUAGCUCGCCAUGCUUUAAAACGGUCUGCUGUUAUAUCUAUUGAUCGAGUCAUUUCUAAUCUCUCUUGGUGUGAUGGUUCAAACCGAUCGCUCACAUGGAUGAAAGCGUGCCUUUAAAAAAAGUAACUUACUGCUACCUUCUUUUUGAGUUCCUGUAUUUCCUUAUUUGGGCAUGUUGCACGUGUUCUAGUUUUCCUUAGUUCACCGGUGACCAGUUAAUUAUCCCUCGUUUGUCUGAUCACUGUGAUUCUAAGCCUUCUUGCUGUCUUUGUUAUUAAACGAAGUGACUGAGAAAACGACUA